AUGGGUGAUCGAGAGACAACCUCUUAUGGAUUCUUUAUAGGUCAUCUCUAUAUCGAACUUCGCGACGAAAAAAGGACAACGAAAAAACAACUUCUGCGUAUAUCCGUCGCUAAACUGCCUUCACAAAAAUGGAAAGAAAUAACGAUUCCACUGCCAGCUCAGAAAGGACCAUUCAAGAUAUUUUUCGAAGUUACCUGGAAAACAACUGCUCCAUGGAUCGCGUUUGAUCGUGUUCGUCUCUCCAGUGGUGCCUGUCCAUCACAUCCUCAAUCGCUGCGACUAGCACAACUUGACGGUCAGUGA